AGCUGAAAGCCGCCUUUAAACCACUCCCAUCGGCUCAUUGUAAAUCACUUAACCUUUCUGCGUCGACGGCCGCAGCCUCCCGGUCGCCAUCGCUGCUGUUGUUGUGCUAAAGCCAGGGAAGACUGAAGCGAAAGGUGAGUGCGUGAGCUGACGGCGCCUCGCAUCGAGAGUUUAGCGGCGGUUGAAGACAAUCCGGGAUGGACUCCAGGUCACGCAGACUUCCGUUUUGUCUGUCCGGCUCAAGGUCGUCCUACACAUCCACCCCACCGGUUUCCUCCUCGUCUCUCGGAUCAAGUCGGCUGUACAGCAGGGAGACCGUGCUGAACAAUGACCGCUUCCCGAGGGCAUCGUCGCCGUACAAAGCUGACCUCGACAAACCGAGUUCCCGUCUUCUGAGCUCAUCCAGAGACUACAGCAGCUACGACAGUCGCUCCACCAGCUGGAAGCUGCCCUCUUUGUCAUCCUCCAGCAGAUCUUACGACCGCCAGUGGGCAGAAUCUCCUCUCAGCAGCCGGAGCAAGCUGACCGACUCCGAGGGGCGUUACGGCAUGCGCUCAGGGCUUCUGAACACCAGCGACGACGGCGAUUCUAAAAGGGCCAAACUGUCAUACAGCAACAGAGGAUUGUACUCCAGAACACCAGGCACAGCAGCGUCGGGAUCCACCUAUUCCAGUAAUGGGCUCAGCGGUGGCAGAGGUACAGAUGAAAAGCAAAGCGAUCUGUUUGAUUCACCGUGGAGCUCCUGUCGUUUACACUCGCGGUCAUCAGCGGCUUCUUCCACGAAGCCGCUGUCGCCCAGGACGGAAGCAGAGGCGAAGAGCGAGCUCGGUCGCUCGGGUUUGGGAGAAAGAAGAGUGAGGACGCCCGGAUUGGUUUCGUCGCUGUAUCAGACAGACAGGGUAAUGUCCACAUAUGCACAAGGAGCUCGUCCCAAAGAAACUGCCUACUCUUCGUCCUCCUACUCUCCCUCUUCUGCUGCAAGAGAAAGCUCUUUAAGUCACCACUUCCCAUCUUCCGCCUCCCACAGGACCUCGCCUCUGGUGCGUGACUACGGCAGCAGAAGCUCCCGUUUCUCUAACGGCUCCUCCGCCCUGCACACCUCUCAGGAACAAACCAGAAGCUCUGAGCCUUCCUCCAAUAUCUCCUCCUCCUCCUCCUCUUCUUACUCCUCCCACCCGCCCUGGUACAGCACCCCCCCGGCCAGGCCAGAGACCUCGCUCCCUCCGAGGCCGGCUCCGGACGGCACGGAGCCGGAGGGCCGUCUCUCCACGCGCCGGCUGCUGUCCCGGCUCUUCUCCCGGCGCUCCAGCCAGGACUCCUCCAGCGGCUCGUCCAGCGUCCGCUCCCUUGACGACGACAGCCCGUCACCCGGCGGGGAAUCCGCCGACAGCGACGACGGCGCCAGGGUGUCUGCCGUCGAGCCGGACGCCGGGGGGCCGGAGGCGGCCCGGGGUAACCUCAGGAAUCCCAGAGCGGACCUCGCCCCCAUCCAGGAGACCGACGGCUAUCGUAGCGGCGCGGCGCGGCCCAGAAUGGCAUCGUGGAGAGAGCCGGGUCUGAGCGGCAGCACUGGAAACGGCAGCGGGGGAGGCAGCGGCUACUCCUGGCUGUCCUCCUCCCUCCGCGGCCGCUGUCCUCCGCUCCUCUCUCGCCUCAGAAGGCACGCCAAUAACGAGAGCACCUCCUCGAAUGCCUCUGCUGAAGAAGGCUACACCCGUCAACAACGUUUACUGAAAAGGUGGGAUGACCUCGAGCAGAAGACAUCACCGGAUGAUGAUGAUGAUGAUGAAGAGGAGGAGGAGGAGGAGGAUGAAGAGGAUGAUGAUGCAGAGGAGGAGGAAGAGGAAGAGGAGGAAGCGGAGGAAGGAGCUGUAGGUUUGGGGGCUUUUGGCGCAGGCCGGUCAUGCAGACUUGAAGAUGAGACGUUACCCGAGCUGGAAGACGCCUCUUUAGAUUUUUCACCGCGCCAGCGGAUUCGACUGUAUGAAAACCUUUCAGCUUCCAGGGGUCCUCUGGGCGGCGUGGAGAGCCAGCUGGACGCUCCCAAGGAGAAGAUCAUCUCCAGCAAGGAUCAGGAAAAGCUGCGCAAAAUCAAAGAGAGGCUCCUCCUGGAGGAUUCCGACGAGGAGGAAGGGGACUUGUGCCGCAUCUGUCAGAUGGGGGAGGAAUCCUCCACCAACCCCCUGAUUCAGCCCUGCCGCUGCACGGGCAGUCUGCAAUACGUCCACCAGGAGUGCAUCAAGCGGUGGCUCCGCUCUAAAAUUGGCUCUGGCACAAACCUGGAGGCCAUCACAACAUGUGAACUCUGCAAGGAGAAGCUGCGCCUCAACAUCGACAACUUUGACAUUCAGGAAUUAUACAGGACACAUGUACAAUCAGAAUAUGAUGAGUUUAUCAGCAGUGGGCUCUACCUGGUGGUGCUGCUGCAUUUCUGUGAGCAGAGGUUCUCCGACGUUCUGGGAGCAGUCGACGCCGCCGGGUUAUUCAACCUGGUGAGAAUCCUUCAUGAACACAUGGACAAUCUUGAAAGCCCCCGUGGAGAAAGUGACGAAGACAACAGGCCGUCCGUUGACUUCUCUGACCUGGACGAUGAUCUUGAAGACGGAUACUGAAGAUGUGACGAUAGAGUAUUAAAAAAAAAACAGCAACAACACUUGGUUAGAUGUUUGGAAGCUGCAGGGCUACUGGAUGCCAGAAAGUAGCUUCACCCACUUUUCGCACACGCUUUGAUGUCAUGUUCGUCAGAAACGCCACGCGUCCUGCCUCCGCUUCCUGGGGGCUUUUUUGCAGAUAUGCAAACCUGGAUUGAACUAGAGCGUACAGAUUUCUGUCUAAUCCCACUGUGGUUCCGUUUCUGAGAGUGCACUUUAUUCAACUGUAUUAUUUAAAUUCAAAUGCAAGUCCUUUUCAAACUGUUGUGCCACAAGUGCUUUAAAGUCUAAAUGAGAAGGCAGACACGGUAUGGAAGGUCAACAACGACUUGUAUUUAGCUUCUAACGGUGAAAAUGUUUUUUGGGGGCUGAAAACAAAAAGUGGUAAUUAUAACUUUUGUCUGUUUUAUUUUAAACUUUCCCUUAAGUAUAAAUAAACGACAACUUGUCAGAUUUUCUGUUUCAUAAAUGCUUUAUGUAUGUACAAUGAGUUUCAUGCUUUCAAUUUUUGGAAUAAAGACUAAAUGUGAACUU